AUGGCGCUUGUUCCGAUUGGUGACUCAACACAUGAUAGAACGUCAACAGCCAUUCAAAUUGAAUCAGGAGGCACCGAUACACCAGCUCGAGUUGGCACAAUACCCGAUGGACAUGGAGAAAAGAAAGAACACGGAAAGCAGUCAGGGCCUCGGAUGACCAAGACAUUUUUAAAAGACCACUGUAAGCAGCACAAACUCUACUCCACGCCAGGCCUGAACGACACCCUCUAUCUGCAUUUCAAAGGUUUUGCCACCAUCGAAAAUCUCGAGGAGUACACAGGUUUGAGGUGCCUUUGGUUAGAAAGUAAUGGUCUGCAACAGAUUGGUAACCUAGAUGCACAAGUUCAUCUUCGUUGUCUCUUUCUUCAGCAGAACCUUAUCCACAAGCUAGAAAAUCUUGAACCUCUUAAAAGCCUGUGCACUCUAAACGUUUCCAAUAACUACAUACAGACAAUUGAGAAUAUUUCAUGCCUACCUAACCUUACUACGCUGCAGAUUGCCCAUAACAGACUGGAAGAAAUUGGGGACAUAGAGCACCUGAGUAAAUGUCCAUCCAUUAGUGUGCUGGAUCUGUCUCACAACCUUUUAAAUGAUCCUGGCAUUCUUCAUGUGCUUGAAGUCAUGCCGGAUCUACGAGUUCUUAACUUGAUGGGAAAUGAAGUUGUGAAAAAGAUCUCCAACUACAGAAAGACCCUGAUUGUCCGCCUUAAGAAUCUUACCUUCCUUGAUGACAGGCCUGUUUUCCCCAGAGACAAGGCAUGUGCAGAGGCUUGGUUACUUGGUGGAACUGAGGGGGAACGAAAAGAAAGAGAACAAUGGAACACUCAAGAAAGGAGAAAAAUUCAGGAAGGCUUGGACGCACUGGCACUGAUUCGAAAGAAAGCCCAAGAAAGACUACACCUAAAAAAUGUUGAGAGAGACGGAACGGAGACAUUAAUCAAUACUGAGGCUUCUUGUUUGGAACCACCUCAUGAGAAAAUACAAGUAUUUGUUCAAGAUGCCUUGGAUGCCCAAGAGGACUUUUUACAAAACCAAACAAAACAGCAUGCCUACAAAGAGGAAGAAAAGCAAGAUUUUGAAGCCAAUGAAUAUGGGGAGUUAUGCAAAGAAACACUGGAGGAACAUAAUGGAGAAAAGACAGAGCGUGUGGUUUUAGGGAAUGAUGCAUGCAAACAAGAAAACAUGGAACACCACCUACUUCCUUUGGUGAUAGGUGCUUCUUCUGAAUCAUCACGUUAUCCUGGGCCACUUGUGACUGAACUGGUCAAUGCAGAGAAGUUGGAAACCAUUCCACUAAUUGCCCCAUUACAUGUUGACAAUCUGCCUGACCUGGAGGAUCUGGAGCCAAUAAACAUCUCAGAAAUGUCUUCCUCAGAGAUGAUGUUGAGACCAACAACAGAAGUAGUUUUAGGAAAGGAUGCAAGUAGACGAGAAAACAUGGAACACCAGCUAGUGGAGAGAGGUGCUUCUUCAAAAUCAUCACAUGGUCAUGAGCCACUUGUGACAGAACUGGUGAAUGCAGGCCAGUUUGAAGCCAUUCCACCGACUGCCCCCCUAAAUGUUGACGAUCUUCCAGACCUGGAGGACAUGGAGCCUGAAAACAUCUUUGAAGAUAUGUCUUUGUCCAUGAUAUCAAGACCGAGAAUUAAUGUGAUCUCAGGGGAGGGCUAUGAGGAUGACUCGACCAUUAGCGACUACCUCCGCCUUCAUCAGAGAAGUAUACUCGGAUGA